AGAUAUGCAGUGUAUGCUGGGGUUAUGUACGCUUGCUAUGCUGGCAUGAUGAGCUCCUCAGGAGAUCACACUCACACUGACUAGCUUCACUGAAAUUGUGUCAGUUUAUUCGAGCACUCUUUGGGACUUGACCCUUUGAUCGAUGAAGUUGAACGAUAGUCUAGCCAUUGACAGAUUUAGGAUUAUGUGAAGUUGCUCCUGUUGCUGGUACGCUGCUUUGGACCUAUCUCUCGCUGUGCUGCUGGCCGCAUCGCGAGUGGAAUUAUGUCUUGGAGAGCUGCGGAAACGUGGCAUAAUAUUGACAAUUUAUAAUUGCAAUUUGUUUGCUUCAACUGGCGUCUCCCAUUCAAUCAGAGAAUGGAGGAGGAAGAGAGCGAGGAGCAUCUUCGUCGGCCAUCGUCGCUCCCAAGCAUGGGUGGUGACAGCUUCCUGGACGAGCGGGAGCUUACCGAGCUGCCGAUGGAGAUGUCGUUCAUCCCUAGUGGCCGCACCUCCUCCACCACGGUGGUGUGCACUACGGCGCAGAUCGAUACGUCCAUCACGCGCACCUCGUCCAUGAGCGCCGACCUGCACUACCAGCGCUGCCAGGGGCCGGCCGCGGGACCGUCGCUGUCGACAGCCACCACCACGUCGGCUGCCGGCAUGCCGCGGCAUCGGCACGGCUCGUUUCCGUCGACGCCCGCUCACACCACCUCAGGCGCCGCUGGUGGUGGCCAGCACGCCACCAAAGGUGCUGGUCAUCGCGCAAAGACCACUGCCAGCAGCGCUCCACCAUCGGCCGCCUCCACGCCGCAACACCAGGCCAGGUCUGGCGGUGGGGGUGGUGGUGCGACGACGUCCGUUCACGUGGCAGCCGCGGCACAUGCUGCUGCCCAUGCCAGCCUGUUCAGCCAGGCACUUAACCUGUUUCCAGCGGCGGCACCAACUGCGGCGCAGGGCAAUGGAGCCGGCGGCGCAGCGAAUCUCAACGCCACCUCGCCGAAAACGGCACGUCGGCGACAUUCGGGCCGAACUAAGGUGAAACAGCUCAAGUUCUCCGAGUACCAGCCAAACAAGCCGAAAGCAAAGUCUGCGCCAGUUGCAACGGUGACUGCUCCGCCAGAGUCUCCCGCCGUGCCCGUCGUGACGACGACGACAGCCAGCAACGGCAGUGCUACCACCGCGGCCGCCGCCACCGCCACCGCUGCCGCCAGCCUGUCCAGCAACGGCGGCCCGGCUACGCUGAGCAACGGCAGUGAUCCCGCCAGUCCAGCGGCGUCGGCGGCGGCUGCGAACGUUCCCCUCCCCGUGCUGCCACUGGACGACCAGCACAAGCUACUGCUCUAUCACCAGACGCUGAUGCUGCAGUGGCAGCUGCUUCACGCACAGUUCCACAAUCCCAACCGCAAGUUCAUCCUGCCCGCGCCGCCUGCGCUCGCCGAAAUGCGGCGCAAAGAAGCGGCGUCCAACAACUGGCUAAACGGGCACAACGGCUACGCCAAUGUGGACCUGAACCGCUUCAGCGUGGCGGAGCUGCGCGCAGAGCUGCAGCGCAACGGCCUGCUGAAGUCCGGCAACAAGGUGGCGCUGAUCGAGCGUCUGCAGCAGCACGCGGCCAGCAUGCGCAGCAAUAGCAGUGCAGCAGCGACGACGGCAUCGGCACGCAUUCUACGCUCCAUGUCGUCACCGGCGCCGUCAUCAUCGUCGUCCAGCAUGGCACGUCAGGUUCUGGAUAGCGUACCGCCGUCACCGGCAGACAGCAUGGCCAGCAGUAAUGGCGGUGGUGGUGGUAGCAGUGCUGGCGUGGCGAUGUCGCCAGCAAGCACCGGAGCAUCGUCCGAUGUCAUUCGCAUGUCCACCGGUACGCCCAUGUCCUCCUCGUCAAACUGUCCCACGCCACAGCUGGAGCGGCCGCCGUCCGCCCCGCCAUUGCUUGAUGGCCAGUUGAACGUAGCUGGCAGUGGUGGCGGCAUAGCUUGCGUCAGCAAUGGGGUCGCUGGCACGGCAAGCGAUGUCGACAGUGCCAGCGACGCCUCGUCCGCCGCCCAGGUGCCGAGCCCCGUGUGCAUCUGGUCUGACGACAACAGCAGCGUGGGCUCUGCGUCCUCGGCCACUGCGAGUAGCGAACUGCGCAACGCCGCCCUGUCCGGCCUGGCCAGGCCCACUGCCAUACGCCCUAAUCACCUUGCCAACGGACAGCAGCACAUCGACGCGCUCAACCUGCUCAUGCCUGAGCAGCAGCAGGACCUGAUGAUGCAGCUCGUGCAGAAACAACUCGACGACACGCAGCGCAAGAUUGACGCCAACCAGCAGAAGAAGCUUGAGCAGCAGCAACAGCAGGCACUGCAGCAGCAACAGGCACUACAGCAGCAAGUCGAGGAGCAGGAAAAGGAGAGGAGAUCGUCACUGCCCAGCCGACGCUCCAGUAGCGAAGUCCUGUCCCCUCACCGGCAACGCGAGGAGCUUGGCUCGCGCGGUCGGCACCGCGACGCCGACUUCCUGGCCUCGCAGAAUCAGCAGAUUGCCGAGAUGCAGCACGAGCCGACGCUUCGCGAGCGCAGCAACAAGCGCCGCAGCCGCUCCGCCAAUCAGAAGCAGUCCUGGGUGUCGACGCUGGGCGGUGGUGGCAAGUCUGGUCAUGGUGCGUCCGGGCGCGACCAUCAUCAUCAUCACCAUCACCACCAUCCGCAUCGACAGCAUUCCCUGCCCGGACCGCAACUCUCUUCGGCGACCGCCUCUCAAGCGUCAACAACAGCGGCGGUGGGAGCAGCAGCAGCAACGCCGGCAAUGAUUGGCGGUAUCUUUGUGCCCAUGCCUACGAGCACUGCGGCAGGUACGUUACACAUGCACGCACCGCUGCGCGCCUCCAAAUCCCUCAGUAUGUCGCCGUCUUCGCCCUCCAGCCCUGCACCGAAUGCAGCAGCGGCAGCAGUGCCGGCCGGUCCAGCCGAAGCACCCACAGUACUGCCACUCUCUCCACGCAUUGUCCCCUCGAGCGCCGCCGCUCUCGUUUCCCCGCUGGCGCAGGGCGCCACGUACCCGGCGCAGAUCGUGCAGCGCACAAACUCGUUCAGCAACUCCCCCAAGUCGCCGCCGAUACGUCCUCGCGCCCGCGCAGCGUCCUCGUCCAGCAUGACGGGCCCCGGCUGCCGCAGCCCGCGCUCGCUCUCCAUGCCCAAUUCCCCUGUGCAGUCGCCUCAGCACUCGCCGCACUCCAGCCAGCACAACCUGCACAUGGCGGCGCUGGCCAAUGGUAGCAGUGCCGCUGCAGCCGCCGCAGCCGCCGUAGCUCUGGACGAUCACCAUCGGGCGUCGCGGACGGGUCGCAUGGCCUCGCAGCCCACGCCGAUCCCAUCGUCUGCGUCCUUCUCCGGCGCCAUACCCGGCCAGCACGGUCCGGGAGCAGCACACCAUCAUCACCAUCAUCACCAACAGCAGCAUUCUCCGCGCAGCACAUCACCCAGCGUCGCCGCCGGGCAACGUUCGCUGUCAUCGCCAUCCGGUAGCUACCGGACGCGCAGCAAGACGGAGGGCUCCACGGUGCUGGGCGCGGUCACAUCGUCGCCUCUCACGUUUCCCGAGAUCCCGUGUGCUCCGUCGCCGUACCAACCGUUCGGCUCGCCGUCUGCCGCCACGCAGCAUUCGUUUGGCAGUCCGCGGUCCAACAACUUAAUGAGCUCCUCGCCACUGCUGUUCCACUCCAUGGAGGUAUCCAUGCCCGACUACUCUACAUCACCGGGUGUUUCGGCGGCCGCAUCGUUGCCGUCUCUCGGGCCGUGGUCGCCGGGCAACCGGUGCUCCUCGCAGCCCUGCAGCCCGUCGUCACGGAGACGCGCCGACAGCGGCUCGGUGGACUUUGCCGGGUCGCCAAUCGGCCGGUCGCCGCGCACGCUGCGCUCAAUGUCGCCGCGGACGAUCUCGCGGCACAUGGCCACGGCCACUGCGGACUAUCCGCGUGUCGAUCAGCAGCACCAACAAUCUCAGCAACACGGUGCUGCUGGUGCUGGUGCUGGUGUUGGGCAUGUGUCGGCGUUCUAUCAUCCGCGUAGCUCAUCGUUUAGCGGCUCGCUCUCCCAUGACGGCACGCCCAUGAACGUCGACUCGGGUGUGCGCUGUAGCAGUAUGGAUGAACUUCUCGACAUCAUCAGCAAAGAAGACAUGGCGUUCAGUGACACAUCCCUGCCUCUACCACAGCCUGGCAGCCUGGCCUGUAUGGACCUGGCUAGCACGGCAGCUGUCGCCGGCAAUGUGGGCAGUAUGGGCGCAGGCUCUGGGCCGUCCUCGCUGACCUCUCUACCGGCCGCCGUCGCUGCCACCGUCGUCACUACGGGAAUGCCGGGCGAGGACGCUACGAGUCACCUGCACCGCACGCACAGCGCAUCGAAUCUGUACACGGGGGAUUUCCCCUCGCCGUCGUCGCUCAUGCAGCCGGUGUACAGCUCUCACCCCAGCCUACCCAUGCUGGGUAGUAUGAUACCAUCGCCGAUGGCCAUCGGAGGUGCCGCUGUUCCUGGUGGUGGCACUGCAGCUGGUGGUGGGACGGGUGGCGAGGACUUCAUGGAUAUCGCGGCGCCGCUCGCGCCGUCCUCUCUGCUAGGCGCUGUUCCUGCGUCUCCAGGCGGCAAGGAUGACUCCGUAUUUGCGCAGCACUCGGUCGGCGACCCUCUCCAUCACCAUCACCAUCAUCACCAUGUCACAGAGUCUGAAGUGCACGGGUCGUUCGUUGCUGCGGCGGCGGCAGCUGCAGCCUUGGAGCAAGAAAAGGAACAACAGCAGCAGCUACAACGGGGUGGCAAUAGUGCAUUUACGGUUGUCAGCUUGCCCAACGCUACAGACAAACUCAGCUGGCUGGAUCUGUGUGUGAUGGGCCACCGUGCCGAAAACGCAUCGCCAUCCACUGCUCAAAGCGGUGCUGGUGUUCUAGCCAACACCAUCUUGCCCAACAACACCUGCAUACCUACACCGUACAUGCAGGGCUCCGUGUCACUCGGUCAGCUACCCAUACCGCUAGGCUACGACCAACAGCAACGACAACAGCAGCAGUUCUUUCUGGACCGGGAGGGUGCGGCGGUGGCGCUAAACGACGUGUCCUACCUCGCCGGCCUGGGCGGCGUGGAUCCAGGAGCUGUGACAGCCCGCUUUCCGUGGGACUAUCCAGCCAGCUAGCAGUAGCUGAGCAAGGGUGGGCACACACUUCAGAUGUUGUGUUGUGUCGAGUGGGUCUGUGAGUGUGGAUGGUCACAUCCAACAAUGGAUGCCGUCUGUACUGCUUUCUUACUGGCCUGUUUGACAACGCCUGCCCUGGCUGCUGGCGUGUUUGAUAAUGCCCUGCCCUGGCCUGUUGGUAUGUCGCUGGAGCUGCAGUUUGUGCCUUGCUUGACACUUACCGUGUAUUGUGUUUCACG